CCGGCUCGAGGGGCGCGGCGUCCCGCUGCGGCAGAGGGCGCCUCGAAGAGGCCGCGAGAGCCGCCGGCGGGGUCGACGCCGCGAGCAGCAGGGGCAAUGUACGCCGACGGCGUCCCCCACGGGGAGCAGGUGCGCUACGACACCCGCAACAUGGCCGUCGGGGAAGGCAGAGGCGACAUGAUGAUGCACAUGCCCGUCGACGACGCCGACCCCGCUUUCAGGGGCGCCGGGCCGCCCGCCUGCCUGAUGAACUUCUGCGGCUGCAACCACCGGGAGAUGUCCUACCUGGGCAGCGGGCAGGGCGACUACGUUGUCGAGACGAAGUACGUCUACGUUGGGAAGGGCAAGGGCGACUGCAUGCCGGACGCCCCGGAAGAGCGGCCCGUGGACAUGGGUUACGGCAGGCAGGCCAUCGGCUUUGCCGUGAUGGCGGGGCUGCUCGCGCUAGGGUGCUGGGCCGGCUAUUCGAGCCUCGCGGGCGCUCCGGACCUCUCCGAGGAGCCAGGGCCUGGGCCGGCGCCGGCGCCCGCGCUCGUGACCAGCCAGCAGCAAGCGGUCCGCGCCACCACCGACCAGUUCGACUGUGACGAGGGCUGGCACGGGUCGAGCGCGGAGGUGCUGGAGGCGUGGCCAGUCGACAAGCUGUCCUUCUGCUGCGAGCACUUCGGCCGCGGGUGCCAAGAAGUGAAGACGUCGGCCGGCGCCAGGCAGGCCGUCGAGAAGCCGCCGAGCGCCAGGCAGGCCGUCAAAAAGCACCCCGUCGCACGGGCGGCGUGA